AUGUUGAAUCUGCUCGGAAAGACCGCAGGGUCGAGAAAUGUCGAAGUCACGAGCCUGGCAUUCGAUUGUGGACACCCGAUGUCAAACUAUUCGGGUUCUGACUUUGUUCCAACCUUGAGCAAGACACUCCACGACCAGAUUCGGGAGUUGAUCAGAGGGCUUCCAGAGGACUUGCACCAGCGGAGUGCGUCUUCCAGCAACAUGAGGCCCUUUGGUGAGCUGUGUGGCCAACACAGCUUCCUGAAUCAUGAGCUGGUCGAUGGAAUCUUUCGUCUCAUCAAACGCGAAGUUACGUCCCACUUCCGCCAGCUCGACGCGUACCCGAAGUUGAUAGAGCCCGUAGAAACGGCUAUUCUGCAUCGCCUUCGGGCGUUGAGGGGUCUCUGGACAGAGCCACGCGCAAAUGGAAUCACUCCUCCGGAUGCCUGGCCAUAUCAACCGAAUCAGUGUGCGGCUUGUGUACUGGCAUGCAUCGCUGUGAAUAAGGAUGUUCUCUGCAACCUUCGAGUCGUGAUCCAGUCUCGCACCAGGACACGCAGACAUCAGCGCCCGCGGAAGCUGGCCCUCUUUGUCGACCAUUGCAUCAAUCGUUUCAGUCCCAAUGAGGCGGAGGAUGUGCGUCACACAGCAGACCAGCUGGCCCUAGGAAUGAAGCGAGCCCGCAAGGCCUGCGUCAAGGCGUAUCUGAGCGACCGCCAGAUUGACCCAAGCAGUCCAUCCCGGCGUAAGCGUCAUCAGCGUCGCCAUUCCAAAAGGAAAGGUGUUUCAGACGCACGCCACCGAUCUGAGAGUGUGAUGUCGCUUGACUCUGCGAAGAGCCCCGUGACAGCGUCGGCUCUGCGGCUGGAUCUCCUAGACGUGCAGUCGAGUCCCGAUAGCGCGUCUGAUUCACCGAGCAGCUUGUGGGAUGAUUCCGAUAAUGGUCGAAUUCGAAGAUCUCGAGCCCCAAGUCCUGAGUUUUUGGCCUCACAUCUGGAUGAGAGACAAUUCCCCUCCUCCCAAGGCUCAACGAUGUUCCCAUGUCAGACAUGGGGCGUUCUUGAAGAGCAGUCACCUUCUGCUUUUUAUGAACAGCUCGCGCGCAAUAAUCCUUAUUCUCAAGCGACACCAAUUCCAGGAGGUACUUUUGUUCCCCUGAGAGCUCCUGUCGGCGGCCGAUACACAGAGUCUAGUUCGGUGUCGUCUCCAAUCGGAGGCUCAGGAUCGAAGAACUCUCUUGGCUGUUGGACUGACGAUGAAUGUAAGAGUGAAAUUUCGUUUUGA